AUGGACUCGGAUGAGGAAUCUUCCUGCGCGGUAUCCGCUCCGGUUGGGAAGAAGCGUAUCCCGGUCAAAUGCGAUGGUAAACGGCCAUGUACGAGAUGUAAACGUGCAAGGAAACGAUGUGUAUUCUUUGAAAUCCCAAAGGAUCCUGCUGUUUUACGCCUGGAGAAUGUCGAAGCAGAAGUACAGCGUCUACGGGAGCAAUUGAGCAAUGUGAACGAGCUACUACUACGUCAGUCUACGCAGCAACAGCAGCAGCAAAUUGCUGUCACUUCUCCCGCUUCCGCGCAUGUCAUGUCUGAUCCUGGGACGAUGCCCACGUUUCUUGCUACGGGAGGAAUGGGUGGGGAUCAUGAUGCUGGCGUGUUUCAGUUUCCGACUCCUGGGAUGGAGGCUGCUCGGCCUACCAGGUUGCGACGCUCGGGGUUCGAUAUCAAGGAAGAGCCAGUAUUGGAUUUUAUUAGUAGGGGGAUGAUGACGGCUGAUCAGGCUAUGUCAUGCUUUAGGACGUUCUUUCAAGGAUGUGAUAGGUAUAUCCCGGUAUUUGAUCCAGAUAUCGACACGUUCAACUCUGUGCGCGCUCGGAGUAGCAUUCUGUUUAAUGCUAUCUGCACGAUUGGCAGCCGAGUUGAGAUCAGGUCUGGAUCUCAGAUCCCCGAUCUACUCCAUGCCGAACUCAAGAGAUUGAUAAACGUGAUUAUUCAGAAUAAAAACAUCAAUUGCUUGGAAUCCGUGCAGUCGUUGCUCGUUGUAGCCUGCUACUCUGCUGAGCGGUCCUUGAUCCUAUCGUUUGCAACUAGAAUGGCGUUGGAUCUGGGGCUGGAUGAAGCCUUUGAGGAGUUGAUACAGAGACUGACGAUGAAAGAUACCGAAGGGGUUCAUGAUAUGACAGGUGUGAUGGUGGAUGAUGAAGAGCGUACACUCAUGCGCAAAUCUAGGACUUGGUUUGGUCUCUUGGUACUUGAUCAUAUAUUUCAUGUCGACGGUGGGAAGCCUCCUGGCAUCCGGGUGACAGGAAACGCUCAUCGAUGUCGCAUUCUGCUUCGCCAUCAUACGUCUACGGUCUUGGAUUUACGGCUUUUCUCCCAGGUAGAGCUGAAUAUCAUACGUGCAAGAGUAAACGAUACUCUAGACGCCAAAGAAACACUCCAAAGAUCAGAUAUCGCAGAAUUUGUACAAGAAGCGAAGGUAGAUCUCGAUCUUUGGUUCGACGACUGGCUACGCAUCAUCGAAAACUCCCCCUCCGCCACCCAAGAACGCCCCUUCCUCCUCGCCGCCCUACGAGUUCAAAAAUGCUGGGCCGAGUUAAUCCUGCACUGCAAAGCGCUCCGCUCCAUGGGCGUAGGGAACGUCGCAGAAAUGUCCCCAAUCGAACAAACCAUCCUCCUAACCGCCAAAUCCAGCGCCCGAAGACAUCUCCGCCUAAUCAGCCUCGAACCCGACUUCUACCUCGCCAAACUAAAAUACGCCAUGGAUUUCGUCUGGGCCAAGUGCGCCUUCUGCUUCCUCUUACUCUUAAAGUUAUCUCGCCUCGUCCCCGAACAAAAAGAAGAGCACACGGAACUUCUGGAUCAUGGAAAUAGACUCCUUGAUGAGCUAACUAGGACGAACGGGGAAUCGGCCCCAACGGCAGCAACGGCAACAACAACAACAACAACAACAGGGAUAGGGAACAACAAUAAUAUCUAUAUGCAGAUAUUGCGAUUGAGUAUUGAGAAAUAUAGUCGUGUGUUGCAGGAAAGGGAGGUUAAUGGUGCCCCGAUUGAGGAGGCAGGAGAAAUGAGUAGUGGAGGCGAGGGAGGGGAUACCAAUCAACCAGGCACCAAUGCGAUGGCGCCAUUUUGGGAACUAUUUGAUGCGCAGGCCGAUCUACAGAGUUUUAUACCUGAGCAGUUCGUCAGGGAGUGGGAUUUUCCGGGCUUGGAUUUGUUUUAUUUUCCUACGGCGUGGCAGGAUUUCUUUGGGGAUUUUUCCUUGGCGGUUUUAUUUUGA